UUCACUCCGCUCUCGUCUGGGGGAGGGAAGCUGGGAGGACGCCGAGCCGCUCGCCUCUUCGUGCGCCUGUCUGCCCGCCGGUCGCGCUCAACUUUCGGCUCGCUCGGCCGGCGCCCGCCCGCAAGAGAAGCACCGCUCGGCAGCCGGAGCAGCCCCGAAGCCGGCCGGCCUGCGCGCUUUUUCCGCCGACAAAGUUAAUCGUCGCGACAGGCCCGGCGGAGGCAGCGUGGCGGCCUCUCCCCUUUGGCAGCCGCCGCUCUCGUAGGCCGCGCGCUGGGGCGCUUCAGCAGGCCAACCCCGACUUCCGGAUCGGUGUCCCGAAAGCGGCUAGGCCCCUCUCUUGGCGCGGCACCUGCGCGGACCCGGGCCCCUCCCGCCCGCUCCGACGGCUCUUCGCCCUGGACGGGAUGAUCGGCCGCCGCCGCCUCUUUUGAUAAAGGUGCCCGUGGACGCUCCGCCGAGGACUCUCCGCGAGGGGCGAAGAAGCCGCCCUUGCUAGUGAGGAAGCCGCGCCGGUUCGCCCCGCGCACUCACCCCCAACGGGCCAUGGAGGUCCACGUCGGGCUGGGCAGGGUCUACGGCCGGCCGCCGGGAAAAACUUUCCGCGGGGCUUUCCAGAGCCUUUUCCAGAGCGUCCGCGAGGCUUUCCAGAGUCCCGGGCCCAGCGGAGCGCGACAGGAGGUCGUGGCCAGCGGCCAAAGCGCGGGCUCUCCUUCGGCUGCCCCGUGUGCGCCGGGCGGCCGUCUGCAGGAGCCCAGCCCGCGGCGGCAGCAGCAGCCCGGCUCCCCUUCUUACCUGCCGCUGGAUGAGCCUGCGGCAGGCAGCAAAGGGCUUCAGCCGGCCGAUCGCGAGCCCCACCCGGCGGCCGCCUCCUCCUCCACCUCGGCCGCCUCUUCGUCGCUGGCCUUGCUGGUUCCCUCGUUCCAGGGCUGCUCCGGUGACCUGAAAGACAUCUUAGCCGAGAGCAGCAGCCUCCUGCCGGCGACGGAAGGGGAGCCGCGCAGCGGCGGGGCGGCGGACGGCGGCGAAGCCAGCGCGCCCAAGGAAGACUACUUGGGCGAGAGCGCCAAGGAGCUGUGCAAAGCCGUCUCGGCCUCCAUGGGCCUGGCGGUGGAAGUGCUCGAAGGGCCCGGCGGCGGCGGCGGCGGCGAAGCGUCAACGAGCCGCGGUGACUGCAUGUUCGCGCUGCCGGGCGCGCAAGCUCGGCCCGUGGCCGUGGGCGGCUGCAAGAUCGUCGAAGCCGAGCAGGAAGGCGGCGGCGAGGGCGCGCUGGCCAUGGACGUGCCGGGCCACCUCAGCCUCUUCAAGAGCUCGCCGGAGCUGGACGAACCGCCGGCGGGCGUCUUCCAGAGCCGCGACUACUACAACUUCCAGCUAGCGCUCGCCUCGCAUGGCCGCAUCAAGCUGGAGAGCCCGCUGGAGUACGCGGCGGGCGGCAUCUGGGGCGCGCAAUAUCGGCGCGCCGGGGAAAUGCCCGCCUUGGCGCCCCACUACGCCGCCUCUCCGGGCCCGGCCUGGCACCCCUUCUUCGCGGAGGACGCGCAAGUCUACGGCCCGUGCGCCUCGACCGAGGCCGCCGCCCAGACUCCCUUCGGCUACGGCAGGGGCCAAGGGCCGAGCGGCCAGGAAGGAGCCGACCUGCCUUCCGAGGUGUGGUACCCCGGAGGCGUGAUGGGCAGGAUGCCCUUCGCUCCGGCGCCCGGCUGCAUCAAGACGGAGCUCGGGCCUUGGAUGGAGGGCUACGCGGGCGCCUACGGAGACGUGAGGCUGGAACCCGGGAGGGACCACGUUCUGCCCAUUGACUAUUAUUUCCCACCGCAGAAGACGUGCCUGAUAUGUGGGGACGAAGCUUCGGGAUGCCACUAUGGAGCCCUGACCUGCGGAAGCUGCAAAGUCUUUUUCAAAAGGGCAGCUGAAGGUAAGCAAAAGUACCUCUGUGCCAGCCGAAAUGACUGCACCAUUGACAAAUUCCGAAGGAAAAACUGUCCCUCCUGUCGCCUGAGAAAAUGCUACGAAGCAGGGAUGACCCUCGGAGCCCGCAAGUUGAAGAAAUUGGGCAACCUGAAGAUGCAAGAAGAAGGGGAGACAGCAGAGCCCUCGAGCCCCACUGAGGAGCAAGCCACGAAAAUGCCGCUGGCGCAUCUCGAUAGCCUGGAAUGCCAGCCCAUCUUCCUCAACGUCCUGGAAGCCAUUGAGCCCGGCGUGGUUUGCGCAGGGCACGACAAUAACCAGCCCGACUCCUUUGGCUCCCUUCUCACCAGUUUGAAUGAGCUUGGAGAGAGGCACCUGGUACACGUGGUGAAGUGGGCAAAAGCCUUGCCAGGGUUCCGCAACCUGCACGUAGAUGACCAGAUGGCCAUCAUUCAGUAUUCCUGGAUGGGCUUGAUGAUUUUUGCCAUGGGAUGGAGGUCCUUCACCAAUGUGAAUUCCCGGAUGCUUUAUUUUGCUCCAGACUUGGUCUUCAAUGAGUACCGAAUGCACAAAUCCAGAAUGUACAGCCAGUGUGUCAGGAUGCGACAUCUCUCUCAAGAAUUUGGAUGGCUUCAGAUUACUCCUCAAGAAUUUCUCUGUAUGAAGGCUCUGCUCCUCUUCAGUAUCAUCCCAGUGGACGGCCUGAAGAAUCAGAAGUUCUUUGAUGAGCUCCGGAUGAACUACAUCAAGGAGCUGGACCGCAUCAUUGCUUGCAAAAGGAAGAACCCCACGUCUUGCUCACGUCGCUUCUAUCAGCUCACAAAGCUCCUGGACUCGGUGCAGCCGAUUGCCAGAGAGCUGCAUCAGUUCACCUUUGACCUCUUGGUGAAGUCCCAUAUGGUGAGUGUCGACUACCCUGAAAUGAUGGCGGAGAUCAUCUCGGUGCAGGUCCCCAAGAUCCUUUCUGGGAAGGUGAAGCCCAUCUACUUCCACUCCCAGUGAGGGCGAGUGGUGGACGGCCUCCUUUCCUCGGGCCCCUGGACUCCUGCCCUGCAGUGCCUUGGCCCAAGAGGCACAGUGUGUGUCCCCCAAGAGGCACCGUGGCCACAAAGAGCUCCUUGCUGGGCCCCUUUCAGGUUCACUUUUCCUGCUUUGCCCUGAACUUGCCUUCAUGUCAAGAGAUUUGCCGGCUUCGGUGGCCCGUCGUGUGCGUGGACUUCCUCUUCCAGUUUUGUGGCGUGGCGCCUGGCGGCCCUGUUUACAUUCUUGUGCUUGUGCAUUCCCCACCGCGGCUUUGGUGGCCCCCCCUGCACACCCAGGGAAGGGCCUGGCCCAGAACCAUCCGCGGCUGCUUUCCCGGUGCUGUUUAUUUUCUGCCCAGUGGCAAGCAGGUCAUAAGGGAAGACUUUCGGGGUGGGAGUGGGGUGUGUGUGUGUGUGUGUUGGGUUGGUUUUUCAGCAGUCUUUGCAGCUCCUUUUUCAUCUCUCCAAGAAAAGGUCCGAAGCAUCCCUGGAAAUGGCGGGAGACGCAAACCCCAAAGCAGACCAAGAGAAUGUAGUGGCUAUCCAUGCGCCUGCUAGACUUUGCUUUCAGACAGGGCUUUCUUUGCACAUACAAUCAGGCUCAAGACACCCCAUCCGUCGUCCAACUACGUACGUAGAAUAACAGGGUUGGAAGAGACCUUUGGAGGUCUUCUAAUCCAGCCCCCAGCCCCGCUCAAGCAGGAGGCCACAGACAGCCGGUCCUGUUCCCAGCGCUCGGACCUUCCGCUUCACCUUCUCACUUGAACAGACACCCGAGGAGAGCCGGGUGUCGCCUGUUGCAGUGGCUGGUGUGGAAGAUGCUCGCAGAGAGCCCGAUUCCUGCAAGUGGUUCCGAGGGCCGCAGGAAUGGGCGGAAGGCAAGAGGAGGGCUGGAAGUUUUCCCAAGGCCCGGAAAUCAUGGGGGCUUUUUUGCAGCUGGUACUACUUCAUCUUUCUUCUCCUGUGGACCAUGAGCCAGAAGUAAAAACAUUUGCCCAGUGAAUGUGAACACAUUCCAGUUGUGAGCUUUUUUUCUCUUUUCAUGCCCUCUCUAACGCUCUCUCUCUCUCUCUCUCUUUCUCUUUCUCCGUUGUAUUUCUUUCCCCCUUCCCAACCCUCCCCCAGUCAGCCUCAUCCAAGCUCUGCCUCUUGUUGCACGACAUUCAAUUCCCUUCCUUGGAUCAC